CCGGAACAGCCGGGGAUGAAGCGCAAGUUGCAACAGGCGCAAUGUCGGUUGUCCGCAAGCCAAGUAUAGCAGCAACUGGGUGCCAGUUGGCGAUUUCCACGAGAUUGCCAAAGGGCGAUUGCUUCCAACCAAAGCGGCAAGAAGCGCGCAGAGAGAUUGGUGAUGAUGACACAGGGGACCGGUGCUCCGCAGUGUUACAGACAAGGGGAAGACGUUGCCUCAACCUCUGAAAUGUGGAAGUCACCCAUCUGCUGCAUGC